UCGCGCUCGCGCUCUGCGUUGGUGUCAAUCAAAAUUCUCCGUCUAACUGACAUUACAUGUAUUAUGGGUCUGUGAAGUAUUAAUCUGUGCCCGCGCGUUUCGGUCUUGUCUCUUCGGUGUACGCGUCGUUUUUCCAUUGUCAAAAUUUUUCACCAACAUGUCUAUUUUUAAUUAACCAAAGAUGUAAAGAAACUAGUACAACUACUGUAACAAUCUAAGCUGCUUUUUAUUAAUCUACGCUGCCACUCAUCCACUAAUUCACCAACAAAACUGGCGACCGUGAUACACGACUUGCAAUCUUUGGAUAAACUGCGCUUCGGCCGGAUCAAGAUCAAGACAAAGAAAAAAGGAGCGACGGCGGUACUCGACGGCGAUCCCAGCGAUAAAGUGAGCCCGUUCCUCAUCAAUCCUUUUCUCGCCUGUGUUCCCGGCUCUAACUGUUGCAACAAUUGUUCCGAAGGUCUCAAGUGACUAGUAUUCAACCACGUGCUUUUCGCGAGCGUUUUUAAGUAACCUUAACUUUGUCGUAAACUUAACCUAGUCCAAAGGUCAUUGAACUUGUAAUACAGCCCAGCACAAACAAUCUAUUUCAGCGGCUUCUCCACGCCUCGCGUCUAACUGCGCGCUCGACGGCGAGAGCCUGCAGCGACUUCAGCUGUCAACUAUCAGCUUCAUAACCUUGACCGCCGAGUUUAUCGCCAGAAACGAGGAGCGUACCUACCGUAACGUUGACUUUAUUUAUCAUUUAAAAUGGAAAAAGAGAGUUUUGAUACUGCCCUUAGAGAACUAACGUCAAAGCGUAGCUCAUUUAAAGGUCGUCUCACUAAAUUUAAAAAUACUUUGGAGAUUUUGAGUAAUUCAAAAUCUAUCCCACAAGUAGAAAUCAGUAAGCUAUCAAUUAAAUUAAGUAGAUUUGAGGGAUUAUUCACUGAGUUUGAUGAAUUGCAAACUCAGAUUGAGAUUUUAAAUGUGGACAGCCAAGAAGUCGAAUUAAAUAUUAGAGAUAUUCUUGAACAAGAUUUCUGUUACUGUAUUGCUACUGCCCAACAAUUAAUUGCUGACAACUCCUCACCAAGAAAAUCCUCGCACUCUUGCUGCUCUAAUGAGGAUGAUAGGGACAGAUCAUUGUUGGGAUUUAAGUUGCCUACCAUACAAAUUACUAAAUUUGACGGUUCAUAUUAUAAGUGGUUGGAGUUCAAAGAUAUUUUUACAUCCCUAGUUCAUGAUAAUAACAAAAUUAAAGAUGUCCAUAAGUUUUAUUAUUUAAAUUCCUAUUUAGAGGGAGAGGCCGCCCGUGUAAUAAGUAACUUGGAAGUCGUGGAUAAAAAUUAUGUCAAGGCAUGGCAGCUUCUCUGCGAACGAUAUGAUAAUAAACGUCAACUAAUAAAUAAUCACUUAAAGGCUUUAUUUAACAUUGAUACGGUUAGGGAAUCUGAAAAAUCCUUAAGAUUUAUUAUAGACCAUAUCUCAAAAAAUCUACGUGCCCUCCACACACUAGGGUUGCCCACCGAGAGCUGGGACAUGAUCAUAAUCUUCAUAGUUUCUCAGAAACUGGAUGCUACCACAGCUCUUAAAUGGGAGGAGUGUAGGAGUAAUAUAAGGGACUUGCCUACAUUGCAUGAUUUCUUUGAGUUUUUGAGAAAUCGGGCUGAUGUAUUUGAGACUAUCAAUAAAAAUAAGAAUAUCAGACGCAGCUCCAGUGCGGAUAUGCCGUGCUCUCCAAAACACAAGUUCCAAACAUCUAAAUCAUUUGCCACAACGUCUUCUAGUACAAAAGCCAUUGCAUGCUCGGUAUGCAAGGGCAACCACCGAGUGUAUGAGUGUCUAGCAUUCAAAGCUAAAUCUAUACGGGACAGGCUAUCUCUAGUAUCCUCUUUAAACUUGUGCAGAAACUGUCUUCGCAACAACUGCAAUGUUGAGCACUGUCGGCUGCCAGGUGGCUGCAAGAUCUGUAGGCAGCGCCACAACACCCUUAUACAUGUCCCUGAGUCGGUGGAUGAGUCGAGCGCUCCUGUUGAAACAGUCUCUAUGUCGUCCUUGUCUUCAACUGAGUUGGCGGAUCCAACGUUCAAUAUACCUUCUGAACCAGACAUGAUCCUGGGUGCAGAACUAUUUUGGAGUAUCAUAGGUACCGAGCAUCAUUCCCUUGGUGAGCAUCGCCCUACUUUACGCAGCUCUCUACUAGGGUGGCUAAUAGGAGGCCCUAUAGGUAUUGUUCCAUCUGUGUCUAAGACAUCCAAAACCAUCCACUGCAAUCUGGCUUGCAGUGAUGAUGACCUAUCUAAUCAAAUUUCUAAGUUCUGGGAACUUGAAAAGGUCCCAUCUAAGCCAAGCUAUACUGAGGAAGAAAGACUGUGUGAACAGCACUUCCUUGAGACUACCAGCCGCCAUGACAAUGGUCAAUUCAGGGUGAGAAUCCCACUUCGUUGCAAUAGAGAUUGUCUAGGGAACUCCUACACACUAGCCGAGCAAAGAUUCUUUAGACUUGAAAAGCGAUUCAUUAAGCAACCUUUACUAAAAAAGUUGUAUGUUGAGUUCAUGAGGGAAUAUGCAGACCUAGGACAUUUAUCUGUGUAUAAUGAAAUCCCACCUGAUACAGCUUACUAUAUUCCUCAUCUACCAGUUUUGAAACUAGAUUCCGAAUCAACCAAGAUCAGGGUUGUAUACGAUGCUUCUGCCCGUACAACUUCUGGAUUCUCGGUCAAUGACCUCCAAAUGGUUGGACCUAAUGUUCAAGAUUCAUUAUUCAAUAUAUUAGUUCGUUUUCGCCAAUAUAAAUAUGUACUAGCAGCAGACAUAGAGAAGAUGUACAGGAGCAUCAUUGUACAUGAAUCAGAUCGCGACCUGCAGCUAAUUCUGUGGAGGGAACACCCAACACAGCCUUUGCAAACAUUACAAUUGAAUACAGUUACGUAUGGCUUUGCUAGCUCCAGCUUUCUCAGCACACGUUGUCUAUGGCAGUGUGGCCAGGAGUGUGCUGAGGCUAGGAUUGCCGACAUAAUUAAAAGUGAUUUCUAUGUGGAUGAUCUGUUGACAGGAGCUCAGACCGAGGAGGAUUUGAUUCAUGUACAACAAUCUGUUAGCGGGGCUCUUGCAGCUGGAGGCUUUCACCUAAGGAAAUAUCGCUCCAAUUCUACUGCGUUGCUAAAUUCAUCCUUGUCUAACGCGCAAGGUGACCUUUCCAUUAGUAAUGCUGCUAGCACAUUAGGAAUAAGUUGGACGUCGUCGUCUGACCGACUUAAUUUCCCUAUUAAGUUUUCGGAUCCAGGCGUAAUUACAAAGAGAACCAUUCUGUCUUGCACCUUCAAGGUUUUUGACCCUCUUGGUCUUCUUUCUCUUUGCACCAUAAAACCCAAGAUCAUCAUCCAAAGGCUUUGGUCAGAAACAAAGCUUGGAUGGGAUGAUAAGGUUCCACUUCACAUUGAGUCCGAGUGGCGUACGUUUGUAAAAGGUUUUCAAAAUAUUACCAAUCUAUCAAUUUCUAGACAAGUUUUAAUCGAGAAUCCCAUUCGAAUCGAAAUGCAUAGCUUCUGUGAUGCAUCUGAGCUUGCAUAUGGUUGUUGUAUUUAUCUUAAGUCUUGCAAUGCUAAAGGUGAGGUUCAGGUUCGUCUACUUUGUGCUAAAUCAAGAGUAUGCCCUAUAAAACGGCAGACUAUCCCCCGCUUAGAGCUUUGUGGGGCUCUUUUAAGCUCAGAUCUCUCUAACUCAGUUACUAAGGCUUUGCGAUGCCGAAUUGAUCGCCAUGUGUAUUGGACAGACUCCAAAGUUGUCCUGGGAUGGCUACAGACAUCUAAAUCAGCAAAAACGUUUGUGGCCAAUAGAGUAACAGCAAUUCAGGAAGUGUCAGACUCUAGUUUGUGGCGUUACGUCCCUACAACUCAAAAUCCUGCAGAUCUAGUGUCACGUGGUGUGGAUCCCUCCAACAUAAGCCCUUGCCCACUAUGGUGGCACGGGCCUGAUUUCUUGUUAGGGUCAGAGGAAUCUUGGCCUUCACAAGAUCAUAACAAAAGUAUGGUAGAGUUACCCGAGCUUAAGGUUCAUAUGGUUGAAAAGUCUAAUGAUUCAUUUUUUAACAUUACCAAUAUUUCUAGAUUCACAUACCUACAACGCGCCUAUGCAUGGUUGCUACGUUUUAUCCACAAUUCAAGAAAUCCCAAUGAUAAAUUAACAGGUCCUCUGCAGGCCUCCGAAUGUGAGAAUUCUUUGCGUCUGUUGAUAAAGAUAUCACAAAAGGAAUCCUUUCAGAGCGAGUUGAUCUUACUAUCCAACAAAGAACCACUUAAACCAAAAUCUAUUUUGUCUUCUCUUAAUCCAUUUAUUGAUGUUGAUGGCAUAUUGAGAGUAGGAGGCCGUCUGGUCUUGUCUGACUUUGACUAUGAUAAAAAACAUCCGAUCUUACUACAGGCUAGUAGCCACCUCACAAAAAUCUUGUUUCAAUAUGAGCAUGUUCGUUUGAUGCAUGCUGGUCCCUCCCACCUACUGGGCUCUAUUAGAAAUCGUUUUUGGCCAAUAGGUGGGAGGAACCUAGCGAGAAAUACCACUAGAAGCUGUAUUAAAUGCCGGCGAUUCAGAGGAGAGACUAUGACCAAUAUCAUGGGCAAUUUGCCCAAAGACCGUCUCACAAAUAGCUUUCCCUUCAGUGUAGUAGGUACCGACUUUGCUGGACCCUUUUUGAUUACUGAUCGUAAAGGUAGGGGUGCUAAGAUUAGUAAAUGUUAUUUGUGCAUUUUUGUAUGCUUCACAUAUAAGUGUGUGCAUCUAGAAGCCGUUAGCGAACUCUCUACUAAAGCCUAUAUUUUAAGUCUAAGGCGCAUGAUUUCGCGCAGGGGAAUCCCACAUAUUCUUCUGAGUGAUCAGGGCCGUAAUUAUGUAGGUGCUGCGCGUGAAAUAACAAGUUUUUUGACAUCUAAGGAGUAUGAAAACUCUGUUGUUGAUUUUACAUCCAAGUUAAACAUAGAAUUUAAGUUCUCUCCUGCAUACGCUCCUCAUUUUGGCGGUUUAUGGGAAGCCGGAAUAAAAAGUGCUAAAUUUCAUUUAAAUAGAGUCAUGGGUAAUGCGAAUUUGACCUUCGAGGAACUAUCCUCGCUAUUUGCUCAGGUUGAAGCCAUCCUAAAUAGCCGACCCCUCUGUCCUCUCAGCUCUUCUCCUAAUGAUCUCCAAUGCCUAACCCCGGGACACUUUCUAAUUGGCAGACCUCUUAGUUCACUACCAGGCCCAUCAUUUGCCGAAGUCAAGGAGAGCCGCUUGGACCGAUAUCAACGUCUAGAGAGAGCCAGGCAACACUUUUGGAGAAGAUGGUCCAGUGAAUAUGUGGCCGAGCUACAGCAGCGAGUGAAGUGGCGCACCAAAUGCACUAAUCUGAAGGUGGAUGAUCUUGUAUUAAUAAAGGAGCCUAAUGCUCCACCGCUCUGCUGGCAGCUGGGGAGAGUGGCGAGGCUAUACCCUGGAUCAGAUGGCAUACCACGUGUGGCCGACGUCGCUACCGCCCAGGGGACCAUAAGACGUGCUCUCAAUCGCCUAAGCCUGCUGCCAAGUGACGAUUCAGCUUGAAAACUUCAUUUCAAGGGCCGGAGGAUGUUCGCGCUCGCGCUCUGCGUUGGUGUCAAUCAAAAUUCUCCGUCUAACUGACAUUACAUGUAUUAUGGGUCUGUGAAGUAUUAAUCUGUGCCCGCGCGUUUCGGUCUUGUCUCUUCGGUGUACGCGUCGUUUUUCCAUUGUCAAAAUUUUUCACCAACAUGUCUAUUUUUAAUUAACCAAAGAUGUAAAGAAACUAGUACAACUACUGUAACAAUCUAAGCUGCUUUUUAUUAAUCUACGCUGCCACUCAUCCACUAAUUCACCAACAGUAGUCA